AUGUUGUCUGCCAUCCCCGUCCUCGCCGCUCUCGCCACCCUUGCCCCGGUCGCGAACGCCCACGUCGCGUUCUGGCACAACUCUAUGUUCGGGUUCAAUGUCACCGACAACACCUUCAGCUAUGACAAUCGUCCCCAGGUUCCGUUGUACAGCAUGACCUACGACCAGUGGUGGCUUCACGGCCACAAGGAUUACCCUCCUGAUGCAGGCGCUUUCUUCGAGCUCCCCGCCAACGGUCGUGUCAACACCGAGCUCUCCUGUGAUAAGGGUGCUACUAGCUGGUAUGCCUCCUCUCAGGGCGGCAACGUUGGGUACGGGAGCAAUUCUCCCUGCCCCGGUGCCCAAACAUCUGCUUUCCACACCACCGGCGAGGACGACGUCAAGGGCUGUGCCCUCGCCAUCGCGUACAAGUCCGAUGUAAACGACCUCAAGCCUGACGAUCUCGUCGUCUUCUCCGUCAACCACAAAUGUGUUUGGACGCUCAACACCGAGUUCGAAGUCCCCCAGCUGCCUGCCUGCCCGGAUGGUGGCUGUCUCUGCACCUUCAACUGGAUUCACUCGAUCGACAGCGGUUCUGAGCAGAUCUACCAGAACGCCUUCAGGUGCAAGGUGACCGGCGAUGUUGGCACCAAGGCUCUUGGCACCCCCGCUGUUCCCCGUCGCUGCGGUAGCGAUCCCAGCGAGACCCUAGCCACAGCCAACCCAGGCAACUGUACCGUCGGUGCGAAGACUGCCAUGUACUGGUACCAGAAGGAUGGCAACAACAUGUUCGAGGACACCUACCACGCGCCCUACUACAACGACCUCUACGGUUUCUCUGAUGGCCCUCAGACUGACAUCUUCGAGAAUGGCGUGAUUGCCUCUCUUGCCUCGUUCGGCGUCUCGAAGACUGCUUCUUCGACUAACGCUGCUACCUCGACGGCUGCGACAACAGCUAAGGCUGCUACCACCACCGAAGCUGCGACGACUACCAAGGCUGCCACCACGGCUGAGGCUACUUCUACGAAGGCUACCACCACGGCUGAGGCUGCUUCUACGAAGGCUACUACCACUACUGAAGCUGCUUCUACGCAAGCCGGCGAUGUGAAAGUGGCAUCUACCUCCUCCGAGGCCGCAUCCACGUCCGCGACGGCGAGCUGCCGCCGCCGCUCGUCCGACGCCCGGAAGCGUGACCUCGCGAAGAAGCACGCGCGCCACUUCGCUGGCCACCACUAA